GUCAGGAAAAAUGAAGGCCUUUACGUUUUUGCUAGUCGUUUUGGCUUCGGCCAGUUGUCUUUUGACUGCUCAGGCCAACCUAAUUGAGUCGAGCGAACUGAGCUUGGACUUCGAGGCUGACUUUGACUAUGACUACGAAGUGGAACAACUUAUGGACGAAAUGGAUGAUGGCUAUGAGUUUAUGGAGGUGGAGGAUCUUGGCUUCUUCCGUACCUUCAGGAAAAUCCUUUGGGCUGCCUUGAGGACUGUUCUGGGUGCCGAUUGCAUUAUCCGGGAGGUGGAAAAUGUCCUGCACGCCAGCAGCACCUACUUGAAAAACAUUGAGGGAUGCGGCAACGAUCUUCCCAAGGAUGUGAGGGAGCUCGUCAAGUCAGUGAGGGACGUCGUCCACCUGUCCGACACCAUCAUUAACCUGCGUGCCAGGCUGUGCACCAGGAACCGCUUCAUCUUGACCAGACUGUACCACAAGCUGAGGUGCUUCUGGAGGGUGUUCCGCGCCACCUUGAAGCUGGUCAGGGAGAUUCCCCGGGCUCUGAGGCAGAUUGCCAAGUUGCCCGCCGAUGCCAGCCGCUGCGUUGUCAGUGCCACCGACACCGUGAAGAACUCUUACACCUCGUUCCUCCCCAACGUUAAGGUCUGCCUUAAGAAGUAA